GUAAAUAUAAACAUACCCCUACUGUAACCGCGCCUCUUUAUGCAAAUGCGAACACUCCAUGUGUUUUAGCCACGCCCCUUUAUGCAAAUAUAGAGUCGGUGCGCUGCGUCAUAGACAUGCCGCUCGGUGAUUGGUGGGGCAGGUCACGUGAAUUGCCGGAAGCGGCGCCGCAUCUCGGCGGGUUCGGGAUCCCUCAGCUCGGGCCGGGUUCCCCCGAGGCCCCCGAAUCCCCCGAGUCCCCCGAGUUCCCGCGAUGGCGGAGGGCGGCCCGCGGCGGCUGCGGCCCUGGCUGUUGGCGCAGCUGCACAGCGGUCGCUUCCCGGGACUGCAGUGGGACGACGCGGCGCAAACGGCGCUGAGGAUCCCCUGGGCCCACGGCGGGCGGAGCGGGGCCAAGGAGAGCGCGGGGGCGGCGCUCUGUAAGGCGUGGGCGGAAUACAAGGGGCGGGUCCGACCCGGGGACCCCCCUGACCCCGCGGGCUGGAAGACGCGACUCCGCUGCGCCCUGGCCCGGAGCCCCGAGUUCCGAGAGGUGCCGGGCCGGGGCCGUCCCGACGGGCCCAACCCCUACCGCGUGUACCGGCUGCUGCCCGCUCGCAUGCCAAAGCCCCCCAAGGCCCAGCACAGCCAGAAGGAGGCAGGGCUGAGCCCUACGGAGCCUCUCCCACCGACCCCACCCUCUGAGACCCCAGAGGGGGCCCAGGAUGACGAAGACCCCGCUGUGGCCCCGCCCUCGGAGGUGCUGCCCCUGCGAAUCGAGGUGGAGAGCACAGAACCCCUCCCCACUGCUCACGGAGACUCAGCGCUGCUGCUGCGCCUGCGCCGCGGCCCCGCCCUGGCCUGGCAGGGGGUGCUGCCACCUGGAGAGUACCUGCUCAGUCCUCCGGGCAGCCAGGGGGCGCCACCGCCGCUGCCGCGCCUGGUGCUUCCGGCAAGGGCGGGGCUGGGCCGGGGGCUCCUGCUCAGCAGCGCCCCCCGCGGGCUGUUUCUGCGCAUGCGCCCCGGGGACGGCCACGCCCUCGGCAUAGUGCGGGGCCCGCACGCGCCGCACGGGCCGCUCCAGCAGGGGGCGCUGCUGCAGCCGUUCGACGCACGGCGCUUCCGGGAGGAGCUGGAGCUGCACCGGGCCGGGCUGGGCCCCCUCCCCCCCCACCGGGUGACGCUGGAGCUGGGAUCCCCCGACCGGGCCCCCCAGGGCGGGGGGCUGCUGCUAGAGCUGGAACAAGCCUUUGCCCAGCGGCUCCUGGACACCCUCGAGAUCCCCCCGGACCGCUUGGGGACACCCCCGGGGCAAUAAAAGCCGAAUUUGGGGUCA